GAAGCGAGCCGAAAGGACCAGAAAGGACGAGCCCCACGAACUUGUGAAUGGCGCCCGGAGCGAGGAAACGAGCCAGUCGGGACGGCGAGAGGGACGGAGAGAGGCCCGGGAAGCGGGGACACGCUACGGAGAUGGCGGCGCGAGUGAGAGCGAGCCAUUCGUGAAUAUUUCAUGAACGACGGCAGCGAUGGCAGCCAGCUUCGUGCCGCCGAGGACCGAGCUCCUGGCCGCCGAAGAGAAAUGUAGGGAAACGCAUCCUCGGCAGCGGCGGCGGCGGCAGAGGCAGCGAUUCUGGCGGCAGCAGCGGGAAAAUCGGCAGCAGGAAAAUCGGCAGCCUUUCUGCCGUCGUUGCAGUGGCAGCAGCGCCUCCGAAUUUUGGCCAAUGCGUGUGCUCCUGGCGUUCAGCAGAAGGCGAAGGAAAUCCCUGAAACGAUAUUACAAGCCAAGUGCGCUUGAGUUCGUGUAUUUCCGGUUGAACAAACACAUAAGCGAAACAUAAAAGAAAGGCGAAAAAAAAAAUCAAAAAACAAAAAAAAAUACACAUGCCCAUACUUAUGCCAAUAUAUAUGUAGUAUAUACACGAAAAAAAGUACCCAGCCAGCACGAAAAGUGAAAAUACAUAGAGGCGAGGCGAGGCGGUCGAGGCGAGCGAGCAUAUUUCAUAAGUUUGCACUCCGAACACACAGAAAACACACAGAGACGAGUGCCAGAGAAAGCUGGCGACAAAGGCUAACGCACGACCUUUGGCACCGAGUUCAGCUCCUGCGGAGGGGUCAGCGAAUCAAUAGAGACAAAGCAGCUGCAUCCCAGACCAGACCAGAGCAGACCAGACCAGUCCAGUUGCGGGUCCUGUCCUGUCCAGUUUCCAGUCCAGUCCAGCGACCAAAAUUCACUCGCAAAUAAUGCUGACCAUGUCGACCCUGAUGAUGCCCGCCCCGACCAUAGCCAUGGGUGCCCCGCAGAUCACAAUGGGUCCGCACAAGCCGCCGGAAACGAAGCUGCUGGCCAUCCAUCCCGCGGCGGCGGCCGCAGCAGCCGCCCAGCAGCAGCAACAGCAGCAGUCGGUGACAGCCGCCCAUUUGCAGCACAAUGGCCAGCAGCAGCACUCGCAGCAGCAGCAGCAACAGCAGCAGCAGCAGAUGUCGCAGCAGCAGCAGCUCGUGGGCAGCAAUUCGAAGCCAGAACAGUUUCACAUUUUCGUGGGUGACCUGAGUGCCGAAAUCGAAACGCAACAGCUGAAAGAUGCUUUCACCCCAUUCGGAGAAAUAUCAGACUGCAGAGUUGUGCGUGAUCCGCAGACCUUGAAAUCAAAGGGAUAUGGCUUUGUCAGCUUUGUCAAGAAAUCGGAGGCGGAAACCGCCAUCACUGCAAUGAAUGGCCAAUGGCUGGGCUCUCGCUCGAUACGCACAAAUUGGGCCACACGGAAGCCGCCGGCAACCAAGGCAGACAUAAAUGCCAAGCCGCUGACCUUUGACGAGGUCUACAAUCAGAGCAGCCCCACCAAUUGCACUGUCUACUGUGGCGGCAUCAACGGAGCCCUCUCUGGCUUCCUCAACGAGGAGAUCCUGCAGAAGACCUUCUCGCCCUACGGCACAAUACAGGAGAUACGGGUCUUCAAGGACAAAGGAUAUGCAUUUGUGCGAUUCUCCACAAAAGAGGCAGCCACACACGCCAUCGUGGCCGUCAACAACACGGAGAUCAACCAGCAGCCGGUGAAGUGUGCGUGGGGCAAGGAGAGCGGCGACCCCAACCACAUGUCGGCCAUUGCCGGUGGGGCCUUGGCCCAGGGAUUCCCCUUCGGCUCGGCGGCAGCGGCGGCUGCAGCGGCAGCCUACGGACAGCAGGUGGCCGGAUACUGGUACCCGCCGGCACCCACAUAUCCGGCGGCAGCCCCCGCCAGCGCCCUCCAGCCGGGCCAGUUCCUGCAGGGCAUGCAGGGAUUCACCUACGGUCAAUUCGCCGGCUACCAGCAGGCAGGAUACAUGGGAAUGGGGGUCCAGCUGCCGGGAACCUGGCAGAGUGUACCGCCCCAGCCGCAGUUGGCCGGUGCUGCGGCCGCCACCGCGCCGCAAAUCACACAGAGCGUGGGCAGCGCCUUGCCACAGGCGGCCGGAGUGGUCGCCUAUCCGAUGCAGCAGUUCCAGGUCAGUCCACAGCUGGCGGAGGACGAGUGGCUGGCGCCCAGUUUGCUCGUGUAGCUGCCAUGAGGGAUGGCCAUGUAUCCCACACAGCAGCAACAGCAGCAGUUGCAGCAGCAACAUGAGCAGCAGACGUCCGGGGAGUAUGUGA